AAGAGCAGCUGUGAGACAAAGACUCUCACCUUUCUGGAUCCCCCUUCAAGUGCCACAGUUCACUGUAUGGUUUUGUACAAGUUUGGGGUUUGUUCUGUAGAAAUGAUCUAAGAGACCUUAAAAACCCAGACGCUUCUGGCUACAUCCAUUUGCCAUUGUAAGCAAGAGACAGUGAACAAGUAGAUUCGGUUGUUUCUUGUUCUGUCUUGAGCAAGAUGAAAUGUUGUGAUGUCGCUAGAGCUCAUCUGAGAUUAGGACUUGCAUCCUUGCUGAACUGGGGGAGGUUGGUGACACAGCAGUGCUGUUCUGCUUGGAGUUCCAUCACUUUUGAGUCACAUCUCCUCCAAAAGAAAAAGGAACACUGCUCUUCAUUUCCUGACUCUCUAGUCCUUUAUCCAUCUGAUUUAUUGGUGAAUUAAAGCUCAAUUCACUUUCGUUUCACUUUAGAAUAUCCUUAAAGAAUUUGAAACUACUGAUGUGGUCAUUCAUCUUCACAAGGUCUGGACAGGUUUUCUUCUUGAUAAAGGUCUCUUUAAGCAAGUCAUCUGUAUAGUAGUAAAUAUGUUUUCCAGCUGUGGCUAUCCUAGCAACUUAAAGGCAAUUGGGGUUGGUAACUCAAGCAUUUAAAACCAGGAGUGGUUAAAGUUUAAUCCACAAUGAUAAUGUGGCGAUAGAAACCGUGUGUCAGGAUUCAUUCUUCACCUGGAGAACAUAGUAUGGUCUCUGAGGGAACACGGGAUGGCUACAACAGACCUCUUUAAUGCUUAAAAGUAGGAUUUUCCACCAUGAACAGGUACCCAAACUGCUCUACUAAUCACACUCAAAUCUGGAGUCAUUAUUUAGUACUUGCGCUGGGCAUCCCUCAACUGACCAUUAACAUAGCAUCUGUGAUCUUCAACUGCAUAGUCAUCCUCACCAGGAUUGCAUCAAAGGAUCUGCACAAGCCUAUCUCUAUACUUUUCUGCAAUUUGGCCUUUUCUGAUCUCUUCACCAGCUUUUCUGGCUUUUGGAUUUCGAUGCUGUUCAUCACCAAUCCUGACAUUACAAUCUUUGGAUCCGAGGACAUGCUUGAACCUUAUGCCUUUUACACCAUGUCUAUUUUAUCCACCAUCUAUAACUUGGUCAGCAUUGGAAUUGAACGCUACCUGGCUGUGGCUGAGAGCAUGAAGACAAGGUUCGGGGUUGCUAGAAACCAUUCCAUAGCUGCAGUUUUAAUGAGCUGGGUCCUGGCUUUCUUUCUGGGCUGCUUGCCAUUGAUGGGGUGGAACUGCUUGAGUACAGGAAAAAAACCCUCUGUCCUCUACAGUCCUUUUUGUGUUGACUACCUCAUCUUCAUCACCAUUCCCAAUGUUGUGGUGGCUUUUCUUAUACCUCUGUUCACUUACCUUAGAAUCAUUAUCAUUUUGAGGAAAAGAAAGAUGAGAAUGGAAGCAUGUGGACAAGCCACCGGCACCUACAAAUCGGCUGAAACCCAGGUUGCCAGAACCAGUAUUGUUAUUUGGCUCCUGGCACUGAUCUCCUAUGCUCCUGUAUUCGCAGGAGUCAUAUUUGAUGCACUUAACAAGCAGUGCCACACUGAUCUCUACCCAGGAGUCUAUAUCUUCCGAAACUGCACAGCUAUGCUGAUAACCAUAAACUGUUUGGGAAACCCCAUCAUAUAUACCCUGAAAGCCAAAACUCUGGGGGCUAAGCUCAAGGCUCUGAAAUGCCUCUUCACUGCCCGUGUUCGAGCAUGCACCCUUGAGAACAUCUAGCUGGGACUGCCCUUGGUCCAGUACUGCCUUUGGUCUGGGACUGCUGAUGUGCCUGGCUGGUGUGGUCAGGGACCUAAAAUCACGGUGAUCCCUGCCCAUGCCCAGGCACUGCAGCAGCUCUGGGUGCCACAUGGUCCCUGUAGAAGGGCCGUUGGAGCUCCAUGGCUUCUCACAGCAGCAUCCACCACCUUUGGGAGGGAGAGGAUGAGCUGCAGCCUGGCGCUGGGCACCGUGGUGAAUU